GCCUCCUCCUGCCUCCUGCCUCCUCCUGCCGCAGACUCUCCAGCCUCGCCUCUCUCUCUCUGUCUCUGCAGCGGCCGCCUCCUGCUACAAACAACCGACGACCCCGGGAACACAGGACCGGCACCGGACCGGACCGGGACCCAGAGAAACACAGAGAGGAAACCAUGACAGAAACCACCAAAACCCACGUCAUCCUUCUGUCCUGCGGCAGCUUCAACCCCAUCACCAAGGGACACAUCCAUAUGUUCGAAAAAGCCAGAGAGUAUCUGCAUAAAACAGGGCGUUUCAUUGUGAUCGGAGGGAUCAUCUCACCGGUGCACGACUCCUAUGGGAAACCUGGUCUGGUGUCCAGCAGACAUCGUCUCACCAUGUGUCAGCUGGCUGUGCAGUCCUCUGACUGGAUCAGGGUGGACCCCUGGGAGUGUUACCAGGACACCUGGCAGACGACCUGCAGCGUGCUGGAGCAUCACCGCGACCUGAUGAAGAGAGUCACCGGCUGUAUCCUGUCCAACGUCAACACGCCGUCCACGACUCCUGUGAUUGGUCAACCUCAGAACCAGACUCCGCCCAUCUACCAGAGCCACAACAACAUGAAUCACAAGCCCACGGCCAUCAAGCUGUGGGGGAAGAUCAGUGAGAGUCUGGGGAAGAUCUGCUGCGUCCGCCCGCACGUCGACCGCUUCACCUUUGUCGAUGAAAACGCCAACCUGGGGACUGCGAUGAGAUACGAGGAGAUCGAGUUACGCAUCUUGCUCCUGUGUGGCAGUGAUCUCCUGGAGUCCUUCUGCAUCCCUGGUCUGUGGAAGGACAGUGAUAUGGAGGUGAUCGUUGGGGAUUUCGGGAUUGUGGUGGUUCCUCGUGACGGAGCAGACACAGAGAGAAUCAUGAAUCACUCCUCCAUCCUCCGCAAAUACAAGGACAACAUCAUCGUGGUGAAAGAUGCGACGAACCACCCGAUGGCCAUCGUCAGCUCCACCAAGAGCAGACUGGCCCUGCAGCACGGUGACGGUCACGUCGUGGACUACCUGAGUCAGCCCGUCAUCGACUACAUCCUGCAGAGUCAGCUGUACAUCAACGCCUCAGGAUAGAGACGACGACCUGACCUGCAUGAAAACAGGGGGAGUGAGGAGGGAGGGGGUGGGGGGGUCGGGGGACAAUCUACCUACAAACAUCAUCAUCUAUACAAACACCGCCCACCCUCCCCCCCUCUCUCAAACUUAAACCUCCUUGUCUGUCUUCUGUGUCAAACAUAUACUCUUCUUUGAGCUGUCGCAUUAACAGGAGCAGUAGUGUCCCUCCUUCUGUCUGUGUCAUGUGACUUUACCAUCAGGGAGGGGCGGGGGGAGCCGGGGCAGGGGAUUCUGGGAUGAGAUGGGGGUGUUGGACGAGUGGAGGAGUGGAGGUGAUCCCCAAGGGCUGCAGAGGUGUCAUCAUUGAUGUAUUUUUCCACUGUUUGUUUCUGACUUUAUUAAAGUUCGGGGGGGGUGCAUGACACUCAGCUGAGCAUGCUCAGUGUGACGAUGGCCGACGGCUGUGACAGGACAAAACUCCCUGUCUGUGUCGGAGCCAAUGGGCUUCAUGCAAGAGCAGCUCAAAUGUAUGGAGCACGUACACGUAAGACAGCAGAACUUUACCGAUUUCAAGUUUCACAAAAUGGACAUUUGGUCCAGGACAAGGCAUCAGAUCUGUUUCCUGAAUUAGACGUUAAAGUUCACAACAGCUCAGCCUCUGAUCACUGAAGUUUUAUUUACUGUAUGUCUCUGUAACGGCUGACUACUAACACAAGUGGUGAACAACAAUUGGUAAUCUCUCUUUAAUUCCAGCUUCACAGAGCCUUACUGAGUUUAUUUCCAGACAGACCCAGUCAGAGACCUCCCUCAGGAGGAGGAGGAGACCAAACACAGAGAUAAAACAGAGGCAACACUGAGAUUCAUCAGGUGGAGACAAACUCCACAUCAAUCAUAGUGUUGAUGUGUAGCUGCUGGACGUGGAAACAAACACGUUUAAGCUGAAAACAAGUGGAUAAAAUCUGUUUUUGCAGCUUUAAAAUAUUUGUAAAAAUCAGCUUUGCUGAGAAACACUGAAUGUAAACUCCACAGGGUAUCUUUAACCUUUAAGACAAAUGUUCUUGCAUGAGGCCCGUUGUUUUCUGCUCCUCUGGUGAAACGUCUGAGAUCUAACGUACAGAUCGUGUCAGCUUUGGAUUUAAAAGAAAAUAAUUACUGCCGUGCUGCUGUCUGAGAAUCAUACUCUAAAACCUUCACCUAUACACGUGUCAAAAACAGUCUGAUUCAACAGUCUGAACCAGAGCUGCUAAACCAGAGCACAGCAUAUAUUAAACUACAGGUAACCAUAGCAACAGUACAGCUGCUUCAGGCUCUGCUGGUGGUUAACUGAGCGGUGAAACGAACCUGCCCACAGGUGAAACUGGCUGCAAACACACUGUAAAACAUUUAAACAUGGACAUGGCAGAAUAUCUGAGAAUCAUCUGACACUGAUGAUGAUGAUGAUGAUGAUGAUGAUGAUGAUGGAGACUUUUCUAAAACCAAUCCUCAGCAGCAGUGUUGUUGUUGUGGAGUGUAUAAGGUCGUUUUUUCCUCUUCGUUCGCUCCUGUUCGCUCCUCUUAGACUGCAUGCUUAGACAGUUUGGUUCUGGCAUGAAUGUUCAUCACUUGGUAGAGUAUGAUCUGUUGUGACCGUGUUUGCAAAAAACAAAAAAAAAGAAAACAGAAAAAAGAAAAAGAAAAGAAAAAACACAAAAAGUAAAUAUAUUAUAAAUAUGAAUAUAAUAUACAGUGGGGAUCAUCGUCGCCCACCUCUGUCCAUUUUCUAUUCACUCUGUAAAUGUACAGAUCUGAAGAUCAACGCCUCGUCCAUGUGAAAUGUACAAUGAUUUCUACAUUUAGCCAUGUGUGUGUGUGUGUGAGAGUGUGUGUGUGUGUGUUGAUUUUAGGUUCCUGUCCUGUUUGAGUUGUACCAUGUAGCUGAAAAUGAAUCCUGUUUUCUGUAUUAAUCUGCCUUUUGUUGCUCUGACUUCUUUUGAUUGUAAACUGUGAUGCACUCUUAAAAA